CUGUCUGUCUGCUGGUGGUGUCUCGCAAUCGACUUGGAGCGCGGCCAUCAAUCUUUUUCAGUGGAUCUCAGACGGGGGAGCGCAGCGAAGCAAAAAAAGGAAACACAGAGAGAGAGAGAGAGAGAGAGAGAGAAGCGUGCUCAACCAAGUUACUCCCAAAGAGAGAGAGAGAGAGAGGGCGGGUGAGCGAGCGAGCGAAAAAGAGAGAGUGGGGGAGCGAGCAGUCAGUCACGGCUGCAGACAGACAUUUCGUAAAACGGGGCACAAGGCAGUAAAAAAAAAAAGAAGCUGGGCAAAAGGAAACCAGGGCACGGCCCGCAGGCGUCUUUGGAUUACCCCGAGAGGACCGUUUGGCUGGAGCUGGCCACUUUCUUUUUUGGGGGGAGCUUUGUAAACAAGCAAGAGAACGGCAAAAAUGAGACGGAGCCUUCAUGGGAUUGAGUAGACGAUUGUAAUCCAGCUAUGGAUCAGAGAUGAACAGCUUUCACCAGUCCAUUCACUUAUGUUGAAGUGACCUGCGGGAAUGUCCAAAAUGUCUGGAUCCUCCCAGCCUGUGGCUCACAGUAGACGGUUAGUGGAUGCGCAUUCCACUUCCAGCCCAAUGGCGAUUCCUCUACAGAUUCCUCGAGCUCACACGGAAGCGGGAAUGCUGGAUUAUCACAUCCAUUCCAGAGAUUACGGUUCAUUUGUGACUCUUUCAGGCAUGCCUCAACCUCAUAGACGAAGACCAUCUUUACUACCUGAAUUCCAGCCUGGCAAAGAAAGAGGUCAGGACCAGCAUCUCCGUUAUGAACCUUACCCUUAUAUCCAGGAGUCUAGCAGCCAAUCAGAAGCAGAAUUCUCGGAAGCUAAAAGACCCAGACUGGACUUGGGAAAUGAGACUUUGAGUCGGCAUCCAUCCCAUGUCACCCAUUCACAGAUUGGGGCAGCUGAGGACAUGACAAAGGAACGUGUGUCUAGUAGUCUUGGCAAACUGGAACCGAUCUCACCUGCAAGUCCAGCCCAACUUGAAGGGGAGCUAGAUCUAGUGCCAGCUCGAUUUUCCAAAGAGGAGUUAAUCCAGAACAUGGACAGAGUGGAUCGGGAGAUCACCAUGGUCGAGCAGCAGAUCACUAAGCUUAGGAAAAAGCAGCAACAACUGGAAGAGGAAGCUGCUAAACCACCAGAACCUGAGAAGCCUGUUUCUCCUCCUCCAAGUGAGGCCAAGCAUCGCAGCCUGGUGCAGAUCAUAUAUGAUGAGAACAGGAAAAAAGCAGAAGAAGCCCAUCGAAUCCUUGAAGGCCUUGGUCCCAGAGUGGAACUGCCUCUCUACAAUCAGCCUUCUGACACCAAGCAGUACCAUGACAAUAUAAAGAUAAAUCAGGCAAUGCGUAAGAAGCUUAUUCUUUAUUUCAAGAGAAGAAACCAUGCCCGUAAGCAAUGGGAACAGAAGUUCUGCCAGCGAUAUGACCAGUUGAUGGAAGCCUGGGAAAAAAAAGUAGAACGCAUUGAAAAUAACCCACGUCGGCGUGCCAAAGAGAGCAAGGUGCGGGAAUAUUAUGAGAAACAGUUCCCAGAAAUCCGCAAACAAAGGGAGCUGCAGGAGCGCCUGCAGAGCAGGGUUGGACAGAGAAGCGGUGGACUCUCAACAUCAGCACUGCGAAGUGAACAUGAAGUGUCAGAAAUAAUUGAUGGCCUUACAGAGCAAGAGAACUCCGAGAGACAGAUGCGUCAGCUGGCUGUAAUUCCACCCAUGCUUUUUGAUGCUGAGCAACAAAGAAUUAAGUUUAUCAACAUGAAUGGUUUGAUGGAUGACCCCAUGAAAGUGUACAAGGAUCGGCAAGUCAUGAAUAUGUGGAGUGAACAAGAGAAGGAGACUUUUCGAGAGAAGUUUAUCCAGCACCCAAAGAACUUUGGCUUGAUUGCUUCUUUUUUGGAGAGAAAGACUGUGGCUGAUUGUGUUCUCUACUACUACCUGACCAAGAAAAAUGAAAACUAUAAAAGUAUUGUAAGAAGAAACUAUCGUCGUCGUGGUAGGAGCCAGCAACAACAGCAGCAACAGCAGUUGAGCCGCAGCAGCCAAGAAGAAAAAGAUGAGAAGGAGAAAGAGAGAGACCCCGAGAAAGAAGAGGAGAAGGUGGAAAUGGAGAAUGAAAAAGAAGACCUUCUCAAGGAUAAAAGUGGUGAUACUUCAGGAGAAGAAGGAGAGGACAAAGAGCCUAUGAUCACUGUCAAAGGUCGCCAGACGGCUAACAGCCAAGGUCGACGCAAGGGUCGCAUCACUCGCUCGAUGGCCAAUGAAAAUGAAGAAGCUGCUGCUCCGCAACUCAACAGUGAACUUGCAAACCUGGAGAUGAAUGAAAGCUCUCGGUGGACGGAAGAUGAAAUGGAAACUGCCAAGAAAGGGCUCCUUCAACAUGGCAGAAACUGGUCUGCGAUUGCAAAAAUGGUGGGUUCAAAAACGGUGUCCCAGUGCAAGAACUUCUACUUCAAUUACAAGAAAAGGCAGAAACUGGAUGAGAUCCUACAACAGCACAAAAUGAAAGUUGAAAAAGAGCGUAAUGCUAGACGGAAAAAGAAAAACAACUCAGCAGCUGUUGCUAAUGAAGAUGUCAGCAUUCCAUCAGCAGCAGAGGAGGAGGAAAUGGAGGUAUCAGGUGGAAGUGGAAAUGAGGAGGACAUGGCAGAAGAUGCAGAAGUUGCAGCCAACAAUAGUUCAGACACAGAAAGUUUGCCAUCUCCCAGAUCUACAGAAGAAGGCAAAACCAAAGAUAAUGAUGUUGGCAAGCCGUCAUUGGCAGAUGAGCACAAAGAUGAGGACAGUGGUGCAGCCAGUUCUGCCCUCAAAGACAUGGAUAUCGGACCAUGUGAUCCAGAAGACAAAGGCAUGAUACAGGUCCUAAAGUCAGAGAAGGAGCCGAAAGAGGACAGUGUUGAAACUGAUGAACCACCUGUGGUUGAAGCUAUAAAGACAGAGCCGACUGAGGACAGUAAAGAUCAGAAAAUGGACAUCGGUGAUCAAAAGACUCACGGGGAUAUGGCAGACAUUAAGCUAAUGCCAAAAUCGGUGAAGGAUGAAAGCAAGGUUGGGAAAAAGUCUGGUUCCAAUGCCGACAGUGACUCUAGCGCCACCUGCAGCGCCGAUGAGGUGGAGGAGCCUGACACUGCUGACAAGAAUAGGAUAAAUUCUCCUCGACCCAGCCUUCUCAACUACUCGCACGAUGGUGUCAUCAGCUCCCCUGUCCAGAAGCCAUUGGACCUCAAACAGCUGAAACAACGGGCAGCAUCCAUCCCUCCUAUUAUGCCAGAGGUAUUGCCACAGGGAGGUGCGCAUAGUGCCCAGCCUCAGGUGCCCCAUCAUGCUCUGGCCCUGUACCAGCAGCAGAUCUCCAUGGUACACGAGUCAGUUCAAGAGACUAAGGCUUUGGCAAAGCAGCAGACCACACAACAGCAACUUGCUGAGAAAGAGCAACAGCGAAGCAGCAGUCCUCAUGUAAAGUGCAAGAGUCCUGUAACCACUGGUGACAAGGAAGACAAGCCAGUGUCCUACUCGCCGAUAUCAGAAAGCAAGAAGCAAAAUGGAGAGGAAGAUUUAAGGCCUGCAAAUCUGUCCAGGCCAUUGCUGUCACUAUAUCAGCCUUCUGCACGGGACAUGGCCAAACUGUGUCCUUCAGAACAGCACAUUCUGCACUGCAGUUCAGUGUUUCAACCAUCAGCCCAUCACAUGGCAGUUAACCUCCAGCAGGAGAACAGUCGACUGGCAGCAGUGCGGCCUCUACACAUCCCAGACCCUCCACCUCUGAUAUCCUCAUCUAAGUUCUCUGGAGGCCCAGAAAGACCUGGAGGCUCCAUCACACAGGGUACCCCAGUACAGUCUCACACUUCACAGUAUGGAUCGGAAAACAGGAAAGUUCCCAUGGGCUCAGUUACAAUGGGAUUGCAUUGGAUGGAUCCCAAGAAAAUGGUGCCUUUCCCAAUAGUAAAACAGGAGCAGCUUUCUCCCCAUAGUCAAGCAAAUCAGCCAGAAAAUCUGGCCAUGCAAGGGUCUGCUCAUGACAACACCAGGGGAUCCUCAAUCUCUGCUGUGCAGGGAGGUAGCAUUACUAAAGGCAUCCCUGGCAUCCGAGUUGUUCAAGACAAUCCAAGUUCAUACAGAGGCUCCAUCACUCAGGGGACUCCAGCAGAAGAUCUUUAUAAGGGUACGAUUACGCGAAUAAUGGCCGAGGAAAGCCCAGGCAGAGGAGACCGCGGAAGGGAGGAUGCGAUGAGUAAAGGACAUGUCAUCUACGAAGGCAAGAGUGGCCACAUUCUGUCUUACGAUGGAGCGGGCCAGAGCUCCAAAGAAGAGAGCCGCGGAGCAGGCGUCCCCACUGAAGUUCUCGGAGUUAAGCGCUCCUUUGACAUGAUGGAGGCGGCUACAACUAGAGGUGUAUCAAUGAGGGACUCUCCCUCAGCAAACUGUGAAGGGCUCAUAGGCAGAGCAUUGUCCCAGGAUCGUAAUAGCCCACACCAUAUCAAAGAAGUUCAUCACAUGCGGGGCUCAAUUUCUCAAGGUAUUCCUCGACAUCUUGAAUCCCUUGAUGAAUAUAUGAGGAGAGAUGCCAAAGAGCUGAAGCGCGAAAGCACUCCGCCUCGUGGUUCUGCGUCGGAGACCUUGAAAAGUAGGUCCCAUGAUGGUAUCGCUUCUCUGAAGCUAUCUGGCAUGUCCCACGAAGGUUUGCGGACCACUGUAAAGGAGGCUGGCAGGUCAAUCCAUGAGAUCCCAACUGAGGUUUCUCCUUCAAGUAAACCUGUCAAAGAGGGCUCCAUUACCCAGGGCACUCCCAUGAAACAUGACGGAAGUUCCAGUAAACGGCACGAUGUGCGCUCAAUCAUCGGAAACAACUCUAGAAUGAUGCACCCGAUGCCGCACCAUCUAGACAUGCUUCAGGACGCGAGGGUACUGGAGAGGGCUCGGUACGAGGAAAGUAUGAAGGCCCGUCAAACUACAGGUGUGAGCUCAUCGGGGUCAAUCACCCGGGGCUCCCCUGUCAUCAUCACAGAUGCCAGCAAAGCACAGCACAGCCCACAUGCCUAUGAGGAACAUAGGGGCUCCCUUAGAGCUGCCUUUCCCCCUGGGCCUUCACACAGAUGCUCUCCUGUAUCACCCCGUGAAUCAGCUGUGAGACAACAUGAAAGUGGGGGGAUUACGUCAGGUAAACCUCAAGGUCAGGAAAGGAAAUCGACACCUACGCCAACCAAGUCCCCGCACCUGACCGAUCAUCCGUCCUCACUGACUCCCUAUGAACACCUUGUCCGAAGCAUGAGCACAACCGAGCUCUACCAUGGCCGGAUCCCUCUUGCAUUUGACCCCACCGCUUUGCCCAGGGGCAUCCCAAUUGAUCCAGCUGCCUACUACUUGCCCAGACACCUGACUCCCACUCCUGGUUACACUCAUCCCUAUACCCCAUAUAUGAUCCGUGGCUUCCCAGAAACAGCUGCCUUAGAAAACAGGCAAACCAUCCUGAAUGACUACAUCACCUCUCAACAAAUGCAUCAUGCUGCUGCAGCUGCCAUGGUACAAAGGGUCGACCUGCUGCGUGGUCUUUCACCCAGAGAACAGUUGGCGCUCUCCUACUCUGCUGGCCCCCGAGGGAUCAUUGACCUGUCUCGGGUACCCCCAUUGCCAAUGCAACUUACAGCUGGGUCAUCUUCCUCUCCUAUCGAAGGGAUCCCUUACAUUUCAGCAGUGCCCACUGCCUUCGGAAGUGGAACUUAUCCUGCCCCCAUUUCUCCAGGUCAUGUGACCAAAAUAUCGGGCAAUUCAUCUUCUGAACGUGAACGUGAGCGGGAACGUGAUCGAGAUCGGAGUCGAGAAAGAGAAAAGGACAGGGAAAGGGAACGAGAUCGGGAGAAGCCGACUCCAUCUGCCAGUUCAAAUGUGGUAGCUGCUCAAAUAUGGAGGCCAGCAACAGAGCAGAACAGUCCAGCAGGAGGAGUCGGUGGUGUCCGCUCCACUGCUCUUUCCUAUGCUCAUCAGCACUCCCCAGUAUCUCCACGCAACCAGGACAACAUCCAACAGAGGCCCAGCGUGCUUCAUAAUACUGGAGGGAAGUCCUUGCCUGUGUCAGUUGUGGAGGCCAACACUUCAUCAGUACUCAGGACAGCAUCAUCCACACCUGGACGAUAUUCUGCAAAUAAUCCACAGCCUCAGAGGCCAAUAACCUCAUCAGAAACGUAUUUGUGUAGUUUGGAGUCUGAUAACAUGCCAAAAGACCUUGUAAGAGGAGGAGUAGAAGGGGGAAAAUCCGAACGUCAGCUCAUCAGGGCAGGGGGUAACAACGUUAUUAUGCCCAAGCACACCUCUGACAAUGCAACGUCGUCACCUGCCAAAACAGAGCCCAAGGCAGUGACUGCCAACGUGGUUGUAGGCUCUAAUAACCAGUACCCUCCCGUACAUGGGCAGCAGAGCAGAAGCCACCAGCCACUGCCUUCGCACCAUGUGCACAGCCUGCCUUCGGAGAAAGCUGCCAGCGAGCAAAGCAGUAGGGAAAAGACUCAAAACAAACCCAUUUCUGUGCAGGAACAGGAACUCCGAGCACUCGGUCCUCCUGGUGGCUAUAGCUCUAAUAGUUCAGAUGGAAUAGAAGCAAUAAGUCCAGCCAACUCACCUCUACAAGUCCAUGAGAAAGCCCCCAAACAGAGCCCAGACCCAGACAAGGGACAUGGUGUGGUAGACAUGAGACAGAGACCACAAGUUCAGCAGAAAGUCUCGUCAUUGGAUUCCCUACAUCAGCCUUUUCGUUUGGCUCCAGAAGACUAUCACUCUCCAGGUCACCCCCUCCAAGCUACGUCCUCGAGCAAAGGUCAUCAGCGCGUCGUGACCCUGGCACAACACAUCCAUGAGGUAAUUACGCAGGACUACACGCGCCAGUACCCCCAGCAGGCAAACACCCAGCAGCCACAGCAACAAGGUUACAAUUACUCUGGCUCACCAGUGCUGGAUCUUAGGCGGACCACUAGUGAACAGCAGGAUACACGCCAGGCUGCUUGUUACACUCCAGAGUUGGUCAAUGCAGACCGUGUGCGGGACAGGUCACCACAGCAUGUGAAGGUGUCUCCAGUGAAUAUGUCAGAGGACGCGAUUGAGCCAGUCUCACCAGCAGGAGGCAUAUCGGAGUCAGAGCAGUUGCUGCUGCCUUCUUUUCACGGGGAGCUAGCUGAUCAAACAGUGGGCUCCCGCUCUCCAGCAAACAACUCCCAGCACCCAGUGUUUUUCAGCAAGCUGACCGAAAGCAAUUCUGCCAUUGUGAAGACGAAGAAACAAGAGAUGAUCAAAAAGAUGAGCACAGGGAGUGCUAACAAGACUGAUUUCAAUGCUGGGCAGCCGGGAACAGAAAUUUUUAAUAUGCCAGCUUCCACAACUGCAGGGCCGGUUAGCUCUAGAAACUUCUCCAUUCCAGAGCACUCCAGUAACACCAUUGGCUUGGAGGCAAUAAUUAGGAAGGCCCUAAUGGGUAAAUAUGACGAACAAGGGGAAGACUGUUCACCUGUCAGUGCCAAUGCUAUUAACCCUCUGGCUGCAAGUGCAAGCGCAUCCGCUUCUGUCUCCAUUGCUGCUGACGGACGGAAUGAGGACAUUUACUCCUUUGCAGGUGGUGGGAAGUCAAAGAACAAUGGACGCUCCAGCAGUCAGAAAGCCAAAUCUCCAGGGCCUGGCCAAGCAAGCGGUGAGAGACCUUCUUCGGUUUCAUCUGUGCACUCUGAAGGGGACUGUAACCGGCGGACUCCUUUGACCAAUCGGGUGUGGGAAGACAGGCCCUCCUCGACAGGCUCGACUAUCUUUCCUUAUAAUCCACUAACGAUGAGACUCCCCACAGGCCUCACUCCUGUCACGUCAUCCAUUGUGCAAGGCGGCUCCAGCACAUCCAACCGUGUUUGGGAUGAGGAAAGAAAACCACUCCUUUGUUCCCAGUACGAGACCCUGUCUGACGGCGAGUGAAUUACGAGGAGCCAAUAUUUGGUUUCCAUUCCUCCCAGAAUUAAAACCUACCUGCAGAAUGAGGAGUGAUCCUUCUGUCAGCUGUGAAUUCUCACCAUGUACCCCUUUCUCUUCUUUUUCUCCUCCUCCUCCUCCUGCAACAACUAUGCCCUUACAUGGGGAAAGGAACAGUUAAGAAAUGGGACCGUCUCUGUGCGCCUUCACAGAAGAACGAGGUGCCAGUUCUGCUUCAGCAGAACUUUGAACUCCACAUCAAUGUUGAAUCGCUGUGAGAGGAGCCGCCACGUGUUUAGCGCUUGAUUGGCAUUCAUUGGGACUUGCUCCACACUUGCUGUUUCUCUUCUCCCUGCAAGCUGGGAUUUCUGACAAACAAGACACAUGCAAAUGGUGAAUGCUGCUUUGAACAAUAAUAACACAAGUAUUUCCUAACCAUUGUUGCAUACCAACAGUGCUAAUGGCAGGAUUUAGGCCCCGGACAAACUAGAACCUCGGCAUACAUCUGGAAACAUUCAACGAGAGCACUGGUCACUAGCACUAAUGUUUAUAGCAAGGAACUGUUUUGUGGCUUUUAGGGGUCCCAUUGUAUGAUUCUAGGCCCAGUGGCUUAGUGUCAUAGCCUUAUGUUGCCUUUUAUGCCUCCCAGAAUGCAUUUCUGGGAGCUCUUCUCAGUCUGCAUGCUGUUCCAGUGGCUGUCUGCCUAUUCUUUUGGGCCUUUGACGCCCCGCUUCUCACAGCGAUAGCUCAGACUGUUUAUUGAUGGUGCCGUCCAGGAUGUUGGAGUGACAUUGGAAGAGAUCAACGACCCCUUUUUGUGUUUAUUGAUCAGGAAUUUCAUCGAGAACCAUCUACACUGUGGUGUGAUUGGUAAUUUAGUGCUGAUGACAGGGAGUUCAGCAAAUCAACUACUUGCAUACGUAGCAAGUGAAAAUACGCAAGACAUGGACGAUCCUUUUUUUUUUUUUUGGAGGGAGAUUAGGACCACUUAGUAAUAAACAUACAUACGUCAUGUGUUCUGUUCACUGUGAAGUGUUUGCCUUCUUGAAGAUCUCUUUCUUGAAGCCCGUGAAGUGAUUUGAACAAGCCAUGUCACUUUUGUAGGCCCCUCAUUCAAGAUAGGUACAGGUGGGAUCAUCCGCAUAGGGGGCUGACUCUGCAUUACGAGAUUGUGCCUUGAGGUGGACACACUCGCGAUGCUGGCAAGGUUCAGAUGCUGCUGUUGAGUGCAGUGUGUUUGUGAAAGCCGGGCAUUGCUACUGGAACAGUCAUGAGUUUGUUUUACAGGGUAUUUAUUGCAUAUAAGUAUUGUGUGACUUGAUAAUGCCUGUGAAUAGCUGGGAGUGUGGAAGGGGCAAGGGGCAUUGCUCAAAGCAUUUGGCAUUUACUUCAUCCUCUAAGAGGACCCACUGAGUUUGGUGGAAAUACAGAUGGUCACCAUUUCUUCUAUCCUUCUUUGUACCCUGCUCUCCCACACUUCCACCCAACCUGUGAAAUAAGGGGGCACCUGACAGCAGCUUUUGGGACCCCAGUCAGAUGGAAGUGUGGAAAGCUAAACCAGCAUUUGACAUAUGUUAAUAGCCGGGGAGGGGGAGAUCACUAGUGGAUCGGGAUUGGUUUGGCCUAGUUCAGAGAAGAAAAUAAAUGCAAGGCAUAAAGAACAGACACGUUCUGUAUGCAAAGCCAUGUUAACGUUGGCAAAAAGGGCAUAAACCGUAAGGACUUGGCUCAACUUUCCUUUGUUGCAAGAAACGCACACACUGAUAGAACUGCAGAUCACAUCACUCUGAACAUUUAGUUUGCCAAAAACCUGAAAAUGGAGCUGGAACCAUUUUGAAUAAAACCUUGAUGUUACGUCUUGAAACAAAAGGCCAGUACUGUUAGAAUCCAGCAACAUGACGGUUUUGGUUUUCCCUUAUUUGACGGUUAAAACUUGUUCAGGUAAAGAUAAAAUGACGCUCCCUUCAAAAAAGUUAUGCAGCAAUAACUCCUCCAGUCACGUGUCUUAGGUUGAAAAUAUUUGAUUUCAAAGUUAUUGUGUUCAUAUAAACAUGUCAAAGCUC